GGCCAUGUUUUUACUAUACUAGCAUAUUUAAGUUUAGCUUAUAGAAAUAAAAUCCAAUUGUGUACGUCUCAUAACUUCGGAAUUGCGAAUCUAACUACUUCCCAAGCAAACGAAAUAGCCAUAUGUAAGAUGGUACAUUUACAUCUCAAAGUUAGAUGUAAUAGGCGUGAGAGCUUCUGAGCUACGUUUUUAUAGAAAAAGGGGAGAACGUCUUACACCUGAUGUUAAGUGAUACCGCCCACGAAUAUAAUUGAAACACUCGUUUCUGGAAGGAGCCUCAAUCGAAUUGGUAAGGAAAUGACGUGGGUGCCGCCAGACAUAGGACCAGUGUGUGCGUCCACACAAGCGAACUUAACAGCGUGUUCAAUGGGAGUCCUAUAUUUGUCGUUACUUCAGCAAUUAUUCCGAAAGCCUGCAGAUGAACAAAUAAAUUAUGAAUACGUAAUAAAUCCCAUUUUAGGAAAAUUUGGCACCAAUAACUUCAGAAGGAAACAUGUUUUGGGCGAAACAAAUCAACAUUACGAUUUUAUAAUCGUUGGUGCUGGUUCAGCUGGAUGUGUCCUCGCUAAUAGAUUAUCAGAAAUAAAACAAUGGAGGAUACUACUCAUAGAAGCUGGUGAAGCGGAACCUGAAGUCACUAGUAUACCUGGUGUUGCACCAUCAUUAUCAGAGUCAAAUAUAGAUUGGAAAUAUAAAACUCAGCCAGAUGGAAGAACCUGUUUAUUGCAAAAAGGACAAGUUUGCCCUUGGUUUAGGGGUAAAACGAUGGGAGGAUCGAGUGCAAUCAAUUAUAUGGUGUAUAUGAGAGGUAGUAGCCAUGACUAUGAUGGGUGGGCUGCCGAAGGUAACGAUGGGUGGAGUUAUGAGGAGGUCUUGCCGUAUUUUGAUAAAUCGAUAAACUUACGCGAUUAUGAAUCACUAAAAAAUAAUGAUUAUCAUGGAAUAGGAGGUGAACUGAAUGUUGAACGAUUCCGAUACCUUGAUGGACCUUCAAAAAUAUUAGUCAAGGGAUUUCGUGAUAAGGGUUUGCCGAUAGUCGACUUAGGUCUUGAAAGUAAAGUUGGAGUCAAUAUUAACUUGUCGGCGUCUAAAGAUGGAAAAAGACAAUCAACGAAUCAGGCUUUUAUUAAGCCAAUACGAGAUGAAAGGACAAACUUACACAUAAUCACAAAUGCUUUUGCUACAAAAAUAUUAAUUCAUCCGGCGAAGAAAGAAGCUUACGGCAUACAAUAUUUUAAGGAUGGAAAAUACUAUAAUGUCUUUGCAAAUAAAGAAGUGAUUGUUAGUUCAGGAGCACUUAAUUCGCCAAAAUUACUUAAAUGUUCCGGUGUAGGUCCACGGGAUGAGUUGGAAAGUCUAGGUAUUCCUAUAAUCGCAGAUUUAAAAGUUGGUUAUAACCUUCAAGACCAUGUUACAACAGAUGCUUUGAUAUUAAAGUUUUCUAAUCAAUAUUCAACUGUAGUAAACGAUAGUAAACUUCUUAAUGAAGUUAUAAAGUAUCGCAAUCAACCCGAGAAAAAGUCUGGACCCCUAUCAUCAACGACAGCUAUAAAUAGCAUAGCUUUUAUAAAUACGAAGGGAUCUAAAGAUGAUCCACCGAAUGUACAAUUUCAUUUUGAUGGUAGACGUGCUGCUGAAUAUUUGUCCGAUCCAACAAAUUAUAUGGCAUCUAAUAUUCUUCCAGUAUCAUUUUAUGAUAGUGUUGGUGCAAGGCCUUUAUUACUAAACCCAAGAAGUAGGGGUAACGUUUUGCUUAACAAAUCUGACCCUAUCUUUGGAUCUCCUUUAAUAUAUACUGGAUUCUUUCAAGUCCAGGAAGAUAUUGAUGAUUUACUAGAUGCUAUCAGGUUUGUUAUUAGUUUAGAUGAGACAGAAGCAUUUAAAAAAGCUGGUGCUAGUUUUGAUAAAACGCCUGUAAAAGGAUGCGAUCAUAAUGAAUGGGGAACUGAUGACUACUUUAAGUGUUUAUUAAUGAAUUACACAGCAACUAUUUACCAUCCUGCUGGAACGUGUAAAAUGGGACCAGAAUGGGAAGAAGAUGCCGUGGUAGAUCCAAGAUUUAAAGUACAUGGAAUACGAAGAUUGCGAGUCGUUGACGCUUCCACUAUGAGAACCAUAGUUCGAGGUAAUUUGAACGCACCUACAAUAAUGAUGGCCGAAAAAGCAAGUGAUAUGAUAAAAGAAGACCAUAGAAUUUUGACGAAAACUAAUCCGUGUAAUAAGUAUUAAUUAAUCUUUGUCAAAAACAUUAUAAGAAUUUAUGUGUGCAAUUAUGAUAAGAUUACUAUAAAAAUUAAAGUUUUGUUACUACGUAUAUGUGAAAACUUUUCAGGAGAUAUUAGAUAUAGAUUUAGUACACAUUUCAGAAAACAUUGAGAGAAACCCGGCAUACUAGAUUCAAAAGUCCGUAAUAUAUUAUUAUUUUAAGACAGUUAUUUUUAAAUAAAAAAAUUGGUUUUGUGAUAGUAGUACAUUAAAGUUAAUAUUAUAUAAAAGGUGCAACUAUGUUACUUGACCUACCACUAUGUUACUUUUAUGUAUCUAAUAUAUACGACUAAAUUUUAUAAUAUUAUGGAAAACUGACCCUUGAUUUCAGAUUUUCCAUCUACUAUUCAGAUUACGAUAUAGUAUCAUCGCAAUGUCAUUCUUUUCAUUUAUUUAUUUUUAUUUAUU